AUGCUUAUGCGAGGAAUCAGAUUUCAGGUUGAAGAAGUCGCACCAGUCUCAUUUCCAGAUCUUACAUCAGCAGGCAAUUGUCAUCCGGAAUGCAACGGAGGUUGUACGGAAUCAAAUUCGGCGUCGUCGUGUUUCGCGUGCAAACACCUCACGCAAACGCUCAGAAACAAAGCGGGCAACGGCUACAAAUGCGUUCAAAAAUGCGACGACACUUAUUAUCUGGAUGGCGAUAAUUGCAAAAUGUGCUCAUCGCAUUGUCAUACGUGCUCGAAAGCAGAAGUGUGCGAAACGUGUCCGGGAUCGUUGUUGCUCAUCGACGUCGAGAAUCUGCCGCACUACGAGCACGGCAAAUGCGUAUCAUCGUGUCCGCAGGGUCUUGUCGCUGAUUAUGAAUCGAAUUUGGUGCAAGCGCGCUGCAUUUGGCGCAAAGAUUUGUGCGGCGAAGGGUACUACAUCAACGCCGUCGGCAAAUGCGACAUUUGCGAUAGCGCGUGCAAAACGUGCACCGCGCCGGGACCGAUGAGCUGCGAUGAAUGCGCGAGCGGCUAUGGAAAAGGCUCGAUCGGAUAUUGCCGACCGUGUUGCGCCGACGGCGGAGCCAAAGAUUGGCAUUGCGAGGAUUGCUCGACGAGUGCCGCGAUUGGACCGCGAGAAGAACGCUCAUUUCUCAUCACAUUCCUUUGGCUGAUAUUCAUCGUUGGAAUCGCGAUCGCGUGCGGCGCGGCAUUCUGCAAAUGCUGGAAAGAGACUGGCGGCAAGAACGUCGACUACACACCGUUGCCGAGGUACAACGCGGUCGAUGAGAAUGUGAAUUUAGGAGUCGAUAGCGACGAUGAAGACGAGACAUUCACGCCAGUCACUCAACAAUUAUAG